ACAAACAGCUUUCGCGGCCCAACACCACGAACCCACUACGUACCACCACGCCGCCCAUCCAUCAAAUCCACCCCACCUCCACCCUACCAGUCUAACCCGGCAGCCCCCCAAAUACCGCCAAGAUGGUCAAACUCGAAGAAGUCAUGGACGAGGAGUUUGUGCGUGAGCAGGAAGGCCCGCACGACGACGAUGAAUGGGACACCGAUUCCGAGUCCGACACCUCAUCCAUCCACUCGCUGCACCCAGACGAAUCGCUCUACGAGCGCAUCCUUGCCCUGCAAGACAUGAUCCCCGCCAGCACACGCCGCUCCGUCUCGUCGAAAGCGUCCACAAUCUCCUCGUGGUUCAAGUCGGGACUGAGCAUGGGCGGCAAGACGCUGUGGGUUGUGAGCACGAGUGCUCUGCUGCUGGGUGUGCCGUGGGCGUUGGCGUACAGUGAAGAGCAGAUGAUUGUUGAGCAGGAGAGGGCUGAGUUGCAGGCGCAACGGGCGCAGAACGAGUUUAUGGCUCCUGGUGGUGCGCCGAUGCCUGGUCAACCCCAGGGCGCAAAGCCGGCUUUGUAAACCAUUGUCUUGAUUGAGCGCUUUUCGACUGGUGGUCGCUUCAAUAUGAGCGGCGGGCUCUUCACACCUGUCUUGCUACGAUAUUGGAAACGGUGCAUGGACGGGACUGUAACAUGUGCAUACAGGCGGCCAAAAUGAUGCCGUAAUGAUCUGUACUAUAUUUCUCGACUCCACGAUUAUGUAUUGCGUCACGUUAUUGAGACCAUAACUUCAGCAUAGUGAUGAAGUUUCUCUGUACAUUUAUUCUUUUCUUCAUGCCUGUCGGCUAUGUAACAAUACUUACAAAUACAGCGUCUAGAUUCGUACUCAUCUGGCGCACAAACGUAAUCCGCCGUGUCCCGGUCUACCAAAUGCUCAUAGACAUCAGAUGCGAACCGUGCGCCAGUGAGAUGCUGUAACAAACUGUCACUCAAGCGGUGCGCUUGCAUAACCGUACCCAAUCCGCGAGUGGUGGCAUGGAGACAUUCGCAGAUUGCGCUCGCUCCAAGAAAACGUGGUAAUACAGC